AUGGCAGAAAACCGACAAUCACGUCAAAAAUACCGGGCGAUAACCAAGUCGAUAUUGGCUUCUUUCGCCUUCUUUGAGUUAUCUUACUUGGUUACCGGUGUAGUUAUCUUGGUUCUUGGUGCCACGUGGUUCAUGAUGAAGGGCACAUAUUUGCAUAGCAUAGUGAUAACGGAAAAUUUAAUUGAAG